AUGAGCAGUUAUCUCGAGCCUGAUACGCCCACUGUAUCUCGCCUACAACAAUUACUCCUCGCACUUAGCUGCCACCUACCGGAGCUCCCACCUCAUGAAGCUAGGAGGAAACUUCAGCGAAAUCUGGAACACCAGCCUAUUAUCCCUGUUUACAGGAUGAUCAAUGGGGUGAAAGAAACUAAGCUUAUGCGAUUGGACUGGGACUUCUGGUUCUAUGCCGAUAAUAAACGAUACUUUGAGGCCUUCGAUGGGACCGAGGUCUGGCUAGCGGCGUUCACUCACGGAGACUGGUCCGACAUGCGCCAUUUACAUACUGUAGGAAGUGAAGUAUUUGGUAGGCGGGAGCGCCGUCUUUCUAAAGCUGCCAAGGAGACCAAGGCUGGAGGAAGAUAUCUCAAGCUGAGUGAGGAUGGAACUAGACUUCUUGCAUGGAAGGGUAUCUAUCUUAGAAGGAUUGCAACGCAAGCAGCUCAUACCAAAACUCCAUCCACGGCCAUCCUGCAGAAGACAAAAGCUCUUUUGAAUCUGGAAGUCUGGGGUGGGGCAUCUCUCGAAGCUAGACCUUAUGUUGAAUGGCGACAAAAGGCCAAAGUCACGCCAAUAUACGGUAAGAAUGUUCCAUGCAGGGUAUCAAUUGAGCCAUCGCCAGAUGGGGCUGGGCUUCGAAUCUGCUUCCAGGAGGGUCUCAUAGAAAGCAGAAGGCUAGGAGGGGCAUACUACGACCUCGCUCGCGAUCUAGCGGAAUAUUUUGGGGACAGGAGACACUCGCUACUGAUGGGGCAAGUCUUGCAUGAGGACGAACCUCAACAGAUUGAGGAGCUCCUCACCAAGCAUGGUGUGGGACCUUGUGAGGAUGAACGUGCCUAUCGCGAUGUCACCAUCCAACUUGCAGCUGUUACAGAGCCAGAUGAAACUGGUGUGCCUAGGAAAGUUGCUCGUCCUAAUGAAAGAUCAUCGAAGACAGAGACUGCUGACAGAGGCUCUCAUGCAAUGACACAUGAAAAAGAAAUCAACAGUGAACGCCCAGCGUCUCAUCAUCCAGCAAUGAAUAUAGAGACCGAAGCUGAUACAGAAUCAGUACCAGCUCUGCAGAUAAAUGCACGAAAGGCACUAAGCUCUUCUGUAAAGAAAGCAAAGGUCGCUGGAACCGUGCCGUCUAGAAAAGCCAUCAAGGACGCAGACAGCUCCUACGCAAACGAUGAUCGUAAUGUGAUGGGAGAACGGAGCUCCCGGAUGCAGAUCCCAGGUUCGCUCGAGUCGGCCAAUCCCUCCAUUGAAGACCGUGACGUAGGCCUGCAAGGGGAAUAUUUCAUGUAUCGAAUGCUGAAAGCGAUCCUUGGGAACAGUUUUGAUGCAGCAACAAACUGGACGAGUGAGCUACGACAAUUUGCCGGCCGAGAGUUCUCCGCAUGGCAGCCUGCACCAGGCGAAGAGGACGCAUCUGACUUUACCUUUUACGACAAGGAAAAAGUGCUGCUCAAGUGGUUGCUUGAAAGGGAGAUCAACGUUCCCAGUAUUUGGCAGCAGAAGCCGCUUACGUUCCACAUCGAGGUCAAGGGCACGACGCGAUCCUGUGACGAGAUAUUUCACUUGUCCAGGUUGCAAAAGAUGAAGGCUGCGAGGCUGACCACUCCAUCCGACUCUGACGAAUCGCUACCCGAGGAUUUGUUCGUCAUCUUCCGUGUGUACAAGCUGUCCACAGAUCCGGAUGGCGAGCCUGGCUUGCAGAUUUACAUCGACCCGUUCAGACUCAUCGCGGAAGGCGUGUUGCAAUGUGAAGCUGAGGGUUGGCUCGUUGGGCCGGCUUGA